AUGCCCUGGUUCAAGAAAUCUGCCAGCCCCAUUCCCGCUGCCCUGGCCCCCGGUGAUGAGGUGGUCGCGAAGUUUCAUGGCUACCGCGACAAUCCCGACGGGCCGGACAAUCCCUGGUUCAGUGGCACCGUGCGAGAAGUCGACGAAGAGGCGGGGACCUGCGAAGUCGUCUUUUGCGACGGGGACGUCUCCGUCGCACUGACGGCCGACGAAGUACUUCUCGCUCCCGGUCGCGCCGAGGACUACGGGAAGGGCAGUAAGCGCGGUUCGAAGCCCGAUGGUGCGAAACCGGUACGAAUCGGCCCCAAGGAUCUCAGGACGGGCGACGAGGUAGUGGCGAAAUUUGAUCAGUACCGGGGGAACAGUGACAAUCCCUGGUUCAGCGGCCUCGUAACGGACAUUGACGACGACGAACACACGUGCGAGGUUACCUUCUGCGACGGCGAUGUGUCCCGAAAUCUGCAAGCCCACGAGGUGCUCUUCGCCCCCGGGCGGGACGAAGAUUACGGCAAGGGUGCCAAGCGCGGCCUCAAGCCAGACGUGGUCUGCGAGGUCCGGAUAGGACCCGGAGGGGGAAAGAAAAUGAGGUAUGUGCAAACGGAACAGGAGUUGCAGGCCUUGGUCGACGAGAAGGGCGUGAUUCUAAUCUUUUCCGCCUCCUGGUGCCCCCCGUGCAAAAAGUUGAAAAAGCGGUUGAUGGAAGAAAGAAUCGCGAAGGAACUGGAAAAGUUCGUGCACUUUGCUGUGGUCGACGUGGACGAGAGCAAGGCGCUCAGCCGAAAAUACGAGAUCGAGGCGAUGCCGACGAUCGUGUACUUGCAGAAAACCAGCUUGGUGGCCUUCGACGUGGUGGUCGGCGGCCGCGGAAACCUCAGCUCCACUCUGGCAGAAUUCCGAGAAGUGGCGCCAGAAUUGGCUGGCGUUUCGUGAUUUUUUUUUUUUUUUCUUUUAGAAGUGUGUCAAAGUGAAAUUGUACGAUCAUGGACAACAUGAACAUCUUCGAUGGGCGAUGAACCUGGACUACGCGUAACAAGAAGUACUGAACUCCCACGAUAUCGACAGUUUCUGAAAUUGCUCACCGGUGGAGGCGUAAUCGAACCAAAAGAUGAUCGGAUCACAACACACCGAGGACAGGAGCCUGCUCUACCCUUAUGUUUAACAUGGAGGAUCUCCUUCUGGUUCAUCUGCCCCCGCGUGAUCAUCACAUACUAGAGACUGCACUGGC